AUGGAAAAGGUGAUAGAGAACAAAGGGUUAGUUAACCUCUUGUUUGAUCCUGCUACAGAUUUCCAUACUUACACAAUCAUGUGGAACCAUCUUCAUAUUGUGUUUUAUGUUGAUGAAGUGCCGAUCAGAGUGUAUAAGAACACUGAAGCAAGAAAUAUCCCAUACCCAAAAAUGCAGCCUAUGGGGGUGUAUUCAACACUGUGGGAAGCCGAUGAUUGGGCAACAAGGGGAGGCCUAGAGAAAAUUGAUUGGAGCAAAGCUCCUUUCUUAGCUUACUACAAGGACUUUGACAUCGAAGGGUGUCCGGUUCCAGGGCCAGAAAACUGUGCCACCAACGCCAGAAACUGGUGGGAAGGCACUGCUUAUCAAGCUCUGAAUGCCAUGGAAGCUACGAGAUACAGGUGGGUUCGAAUGAACCACAUGAUCUACGAUUACUGCACUGACAAGUCGCGGUACCUGGUUACUCCACCGGAGUGCAUGGCCUGCAUCUGAAACACCAUCUAAAGUUUCCUUAUCCAACUCAACUGUCCAGAAUAUAUGAUAUAUCACGUCAUACUUGACGUAUAUGUU